AUGCCGCCGUCGCAGCUCAAGCAGCUCAAGGCGUCGCUGCAUGAGAGCGGCGUCCUUGGGCCCCAGAAAUCCAAGAAACAGCGAAAGCUGACCUCCAAAGAUGCGCAGAAGCGGGCGCAGCGCAAUGCCGCACUCGAGGGCAUUCGCGAACGAUUCAACCCUUUCGAGGUCAAGGCGCCUGCUCGAAAGGCCAAGUAUGAAUUUGUCAAUGGCAAGAAUACCAAACCCACAGUUGGUCGGCCGGGUGUCACUCGUGGCUUGGGCGAAGAGCGCCGGCGAGAGACGUUACUGAAAGAGAUGCAAAGCCGCAAUAAGGUGGGCGGUCUGCUCGACCGUCGGUUCGGAGAGAAUGACCCCACGAUGACGCCAGAGGAACGAGCGGCCGAGCGGUUCGCCCGUCAGAACGAGCGCAAGAUGAAGAAGACUUCCAUGUUCAACCUUGAGGAUGACAGCGAGGAGGAGAUGACGCUCACGCAUGGUGGAAGAUCGCUCGACUUUGAGGGUAAUGCCGGAGAUGACUUUGAUGAAGACGAGGUGGAAGGCUUGGAUAACCCAGACAGAGAUUUUGACCAGGACGACCGGCCUCGGAAGAAGCUGCGACUAGCCGAAAACGAAGACGUCGAUUCCCACGAGGAGGACGAUCAAGAUCUACCCCAGAGAAAGAAGACGAAGAAUGAGGUGAUGAAAGAGAUUAUUGCAAAAUCCAAAAUGUACAAGGCCGAGCGGCAAGCUGCAAAGGCAGACGACGAUGACCUUCGAAUGGAGCUGGACAAAGGCAUGGCUGAGUUCUACGAGGCGCUUCGAGGCCAGAAGGCGCCUGAAAAGGAAAAUCUACCACCACCGGUCCCGAACUCAGAGCCGCACAUGGAUCCCUCUCGCGCUGCAAUGCUUGCAGGGAAGAGCAGGGAAGAGGCAGAAAAGGAGUACGAGUCCAAUCUUCGACAAUUGAAGCUGGAGGCACGCUCCAAACCGAGUGUACGGACCAAAACCGACGAAGAGAGAGCUGCCGAGGAGGCCGCUCGACUUGAAGAGCUCGAGCGCAAGAGAAUUCGCAGAAUGAAGGGCGAGGCAGAAAGCUCAGAAGACGAGGAGGAAGAGGAGCCAGGGCCAGAUGAAGAUGAUGAAGUCGACGACGCCGAAGCGUUCGGUCUGGCUGCCCCUGAUUUCGAUGCUGUCCCUCGGAAGGAACUGGAUGUUGAAGACGAGGACGAAUUCCUGCUUGAUGACGACCUAGUUGCUUCAGACUCGGAUCCUGACAUGGCAAGCGAACAAGGCUCUGAGGAAUCCGAGUCCGAAAGCGAUAUUGAGGAUGAUGGUGAUGAUGAUUUCAUCAACGGGCUGGUCUUACCGCAGGAAGCCCAGAGCACGUCAAAAACGAUCUCCAAAGCCUCAAGCAACACCAAUCUAGCCUACACUUUUCCGUGUCCUCAGACGCACGAAGCAUUAUUGGAAGUGGUCAAGGACUCUGACGUCGCCGACUUGCCCACGAUCGUGCAAAGAAUACGCGCACUCUACCACAAAGGUCUCGCCGAAGGCAAUCAAGAAAAACUCGACACGUUCGCUGGUGUGCUGACCCAGCAUGUUGCGUUUCUUGCGGACACAGAACCCGAUGUUCCUUUUUCUGUUCUUGAGAGCCUCCUUCGACACUUACACUCGAUGGCGAAGUCGUCAUCGGAAGCUGUGGCAGCCGCCUUCCGCAGACAUCUCCAAGAGAUCAAUGAUGAACGACCGCUCCAGCUGUCUGCUGGCGAUCUUGUCAUUCUCACAGGUGUCUCGACCAUAUUCCCAACCUCAGACCAUUUCCACUCAGUAGUUACGCCCGCCACUCUCACCAUUGGUCGGUAUCUUGGACAGAGCUCGAUACAAUCUCUCCAGGACCUCAGCAUUGGGGCUUACUGCUGUUCCCUUGCGCUUCGGUAUCAGCAGCUUGCAAAACGAUAUGUUCCGGAAGUGGUCACUUAUGUUACCAAUGCUCUGGCCGCUCUUUCACCAACACCGCUACCAGACCACGACCAAGACGGUGUGCCGUUGCACGUUCCUAUUAGGUUGCCCACAAGACCAUUGCGUGUAAGAUCGACAUCAGCAACUGUUUCAGAGAAGCUCUCAUUCAAGGAUUGCAUCAUGAAUCGAAGUGAGGAAGAUGGGCCUUCACAAGGCAUCACUCUGCUGAAUGCCUUUAUUCGCCUAACAAUGCAAGCUGCCUCCCUUUGGAGUCACAAGUCCGCACUCCCUGAAAUUGUUCAGCCUUUCGUCCACGCCCUUACCCACUUAUCUCAUCAACGCAAAAUGCUGCCGCCACAAACUCUCACGCUAGACAACAACACUCUCUCCGCCCUCCUCGCCCUUCAGUCUGCUUCGGUCAAAUCACGCCUCCCCCUUCUCUUACAUAACCACCGCCCACUCGCUAUCAAAACCUCCCUACCUGCCUUCAUCGAGAAUUACAACCCCGACCGACACUAUGAUCCAGACCGCCAGCGAGCCGAGCUCUCCAAGUUGAAGGCCGAGCAUAAGAAAGAGAGGAAGGGAGCGAUGAGAGAAUUGCGGAAGGAUGCCAACUUUAUUGCAAGACAGCAGUUACAGGAGAAGAAGAAGAGAGAUGAGGAGUAUGAAAAGAAGUACAAGAGGUUGGUAGCAGAGAUUCAGGGAGAGGAGGGCCAUGAAGCAAAAGCUUAUGAGAGGGAGAGGAGGAAGAGAAAGGGGAAAUUCUAA